AUGAACGGAUCCAGCUGCCUGGCCAACCCCACACACGUGCAAGGGGACAAUCCCAACCCCAAUGCCCACCCCAACCCCAAUGACAGUGCCGAUCCCAACCCCAAUGCCGAUCCCAACCCCAAUGCCAAUCCCAACCCCAAUGCCAAUGUCAAUGCCAAUCCCAACUCCAAUGCCAAUCCCAACCCCAAUGCCAGUGCCAACCUCAACCCAAGUGCCAACUCCAAUGCAAAUGCCAAUCCCAACCCCAAUGCCAAUCCCAAUGCCAGUGCCAAUGCCAAUGCCAAUGCCAGUGCCAAUGCCAAUGCCAAUGCCAACCCCAAUGCCAAUGCCAACCCCGACCCCAAUGCCAAUGCCAACCCCAACGCCAAUGCCAACCCCGACCCCAAUGCCAAUGCCAACCCCAACACCAAUGCCAACCCCGAGCCCAAUGCCAAUUCCAACCCCGACCUCAAUGCCAAUCCCAACCCCAAUGCCAAUGCCAACCCCAACACCAAUGCCAAUUCCAACCCCGACCCCAAUGCCAAUUCCAACCCCGACCCCAAUGCCAAUCCCAACCCCAAUGCCGACCCCAAUGCCACUCCUCAGCCUCCCCGGCUGCCCGGGGCCAUGGAGCCUUCAGCAGUUGCCUCUCUGAAGGCGGAUUUUGGUUCCCUGCCUGGAAAAACA